AUGGAAACGACGGAACUUCCAGUCAGCGGGCUGGAGGCGCGGGGUCUUGAGGGUCGGAACUGGAAUCGCGAGACUUCGAAAGAGAAGAUUGAGACGGUAGCGAGAGGAGCCAGUCUCGCAAAAGAGCGCCGCCGCUGCUUCGGUGACAGCCUCGAGCUUGAGGUUGACGAAGCACAUGUCUCGCUCAAUGAUCUGGGCCGUACGAAGUCGAAACCUUUCUCGCAGAGACAAAAGGAGGUCAGAUCACAAGACGAAAAUGGGUGGGGGUGGGGGGACGUCUGGGAGUCCCAAUUCCCCAUUCCGCGACACGCCUCUCACCUCACCGCUUUUGAGUCCAAAUACCUACCGUUGUACAUUGUAGACAAUUUCCGCCCAGCCGCCCAGCCGCCCGGAACCCACCCACUCACUUCCCACUCCGAUUUUCUGGACAGGGGCGCAGCCCUCGGGUUCCAACAUCGCCCCGGACAACUCGACAAGAAUCAAGAAUCAAAGUUGGGACACUUCACCUCCAAAGAUCGAUUCUUUGAACCUCUCUUCACAAAUUCGCGCAGGGCUGCCAGGAAUCAACAGUCUCUCCACCCGCUCCUUCUCCCGUCGGGCCAUGACACACCGGCAACGCAGCCAACUUGA